UUCCGGCGCCAUGGCUCAAAGGGCCUUCCCGAAUCCUUAUGCCGAUUAUAACAAAUCCCUGGCCGAAUGCUACUUUGAUUCUACCGGGAGGCUGACUCCUGAGUUCUCACAGCGCUUGAACAAUAAAGUUCGAGAGCUGCUUCAGCAAAUGGAGAGAGGCCUGAAGUCCGCAGACCCUCGGGAUGGAAGCUGUUACACUGGCUGGUCAGGGAUUGCCGUACUUUACUUACACCUCUAUGAUCUGUUUGGGGACCCUGCCUACCUCCAGAUGGCACACAGCUAUGUAAAGCAGAGUCUGAACUGCUUGUCCAAGCGUUCCAUCACCUUCCUGUGUGGGGAUGCAGGCCCCCUCGCUGUGGCCGCUGUGGUGUAUCACAAGAUGAGGAACGAGAAGCAGGCGGAAGACUGCAUCGCACGGCUGAUUCACCUAAACAAGAUUGAUCCCCACGCACCAAGUGAGAUGCUGUAUGGAAAGAUGGGCUACAUCUAUGCACUUCUUUUUGUGAAUAAGCACUUUGGAGAGGAGAAGAUUCCUCAGAGCUAUAUCCAACAGAUAUGUGACACCAUUAUAACCACUGGAGAAAAUCUGUCCAGAAAGAGAAACUUCACAGCAAAGACUCCACUGAUGUAUGAAUGGUACCAGGAGUACUACGUGGGGGCGGCGCACGGCCUGGCGGGCAUUUAUUACUUCCUCAUGCAGCCCAGCCUUCAAGUGAGCCAAGCAAAGUUGUAUGGUUUGGUCAAGCCCAGUGUCGACUACGUCUGCCAGCUUAAAUUCCCUUCUGGCAAUUACCCUCCGUGUGUGGAUGAUAACCGAGACAUGCUUGUCCAUUGGUGCCACGGUGCCCCUGGAGUCAUCUACAUGCUCGUCCAGGCCUAUAAGGUGUUCCGAGACGAGCGGUACCUCACUGACGCAUACCAGUGUGCUGAUGUGAUCUGGCAGUAUGGCUUGCUGAAGAAAGGCUACGGGCUGUGCCAUGGUGCCGCGGGGAACGCGUACGCCUUCCUGACGCUCUACAAUGUCACACACGACAUGAAGUACCUGUACCGGGCCUGCAAGUUUGCUGAAUGGUGCUUGGAUUAUGGCGAACACGGAUGCAGAACACCUGACACCCCCUUCUCCCUCUUUGAAGGAAUGGCUGGAACAAUCUACUUCCUGGCUGACCUGCUCGUCCCCAUGAAAGCCAUGUUCCCCGCAUUUGAGCUAUAA